UUGUCAUUACUCCUUUUAGGAGAACAUAAUCUGGACUUAGCGUCCAUUAUUAGUCCGAUCAGUGUUACACGGCCGGGAUCAUCCAGUCUCAUCAAGCUUUUACUUGAAAAUGGAUGAAGGAAUGAAUACAUUUUUAACGUUUAUACUCGUUACCAUGACGAUGCAUCAGGCUACUACAUAUGGAACAGGCUCCAUUCAAGAUCCCCAUGGAAAUCCGUGUCACGAAAUUUACGAAAACACUACCAUUAUCACCCCCCAGGGGACAGUUCUUUGUAUAGUACCAUCUGACGAAGACCUGACAGAGCAGUUGAAAAGUGUGGGGGGUUACAACAAGCACUACGUUGCUAGGACACAGCAGGAAGUGGAUACGAAUUUUAAGAACCUCCUCCCGUGGGACGGGGCCGCUACAACGCAAGGUUUAGGCCACCCAACCUUUAAUAAACGCCUCAUUAAGACAACAAAUCGAAUCAAUCCUGGGAUAAAAGGUAGGAAGAUCAAACGAUCCCAUCAUCCUUUUGGAAUCGUGGACUCCACCAAGGUUGGUUGCAUCUCUAAAGGACAAGCCRUAGGUAGACGGAAACUAAAACAAAUGUGUGACAUCUGCCAGAGAAGUUCAGAGCUUGACAUCGACCGUUUUCCACGUUACGUUAACGAGCUCACUUGCGAAACGGCUAAUGGUUCCCCUUCCGAUGGAGGUAACAGAUGCUGGUAUAGAAACUUUCCUCUGGGUACCUGUAUACAAGGCACAACGACAAUCGACUUGUUGAAGCGAACAGAUAAAUACACCCCUGUAAACCCUCCUUCUGGACACUACUAUAAGGCGUUUAAACAAAUAUGGGUUCCUUACACCCAAGAGAUCAGAAGUUGCUGUCAAUGUAGAUACUAAAAGAUCCUUGUAUUUUAAGACGUUUUAGUCAUGUACAUCAAACUGUGAGAGGUGUCUUUGAUGGAAUAAAGUACGUUUUUAGAUGAUGA